AUGCGAUUUUCUGCCCCAGUCACUUUAGGCGCCGCCAUCGGCGUCUGCAUGCUCUCUGCGAUGGGUGUGUUCGCGGCAACGAGAAGGGAGGCGUGCUUGGCACGGAUGUAUCCGCAGAGUGCCGGUUUCUACGGUGCACUGGGUGCUGCUGUCGCUCUUGUGUUUGCGAAUCUCGGUUCUGCGUAUGGCGCCGCUAAGGCUGGUGUGGGCGUGGCACACCUGGGGCUCUCCGCACCGGAAAAGAUCAUGCGUGGCAUCGUCCCUGUUGUUAUGGCAGGUAUUCUCGGCAUUUACGGUCUCAUUGUGGCUGUGAUCAUCAACAACAACAUCAAAACCGAGCCGUACUCGUACUCGAUCUUCUCGGGGAAUUUGCAUUUGGGAGCCGGGCUGGCGGCGGGUUUAGCGGCGUUGGCGGCGGGCCUCUCGAUCGGCGUCGUUGGUGACACCGCCGUGCGGGCGUACGGUAAGCAGGAUCAGGUGUUUGUAGCGAUGGUGCUGAUGUUGAUUUUCUCUGAGGCCCUUGGCCUGUACGGCCUUAUCAUUGCGCUCCUGAUGAACAAUCAGGCCAACCGGUACGGCGCGCUUUGUGGGGUGGAGUGA